GCGGCCGUUCGCCCGCUCACUAGGUCCCUGUAGGGGGCGCCGCGGGGCUCGGGACAGAGUCGCCCCCCGGCGGCGCUACCCGUGCGAGAGCCGGGCUGGGCAUGGCCUCCGUGGUGGAAUACAAGGGGCCCAGAGAGGGUUACCGCUGCGGCUACUGCGACUCCCCGGGAGGCAAAGUGUCCAGCGGCAUGUGGGCACAUUCAAUGACAGUUCAGGAUUACCAAGAUCUUAUAGACCGUGGAUGGAGAAGAAGUGGGAAGUAUGUAUACAAACCUGUUAUGAAUCAAACAUGUUGUCCUCAGUACACAAUAAGAUGCCGACCAUUACAUUUCCAGCCAUCAAAAUCUCAUAAGAAAGUUUUAAAGAAAAUGUUCAAGUUUUUGUCUAAAGGAGAAUUUUCCAAAGGGAAUAAUGACGAAGAGCCUAUGGAUUCUCAAAUGGAUGAUGCUGCUUUGGAUGACUUUGCUCUAAAAAGCAAGUUGGACAUGCAGUCUGACUGUAGACUCCUCAGUGAAGAUUAUAACUCGGUCAUAGAGAGCGAAGUGAAAGAGAAAGAAGAAAACUUGGAAGCUAAGGAAACUAAAGAAUUAAAUCAGUCACAUGCUAAAAAAGAGAAACUGGGAGCUGGUGAGCCAUCAGGUUCUAUUAAAGUGGUUCCCUCAGCUCCCAAGCCAGGCAAAGGAGCUGACUUGAGUAAGCCCCCAUGUCGAAAAGCGAAGGAUAUACGGAAAGAAAGGAAAAAGCAGAAACUCAUUCUUAAGAGUCAAACAGACAAAAUUGAAGGUUUCCAAGUUCAACAUGAACCACAACUUUUGCCCUCAGAAAAACCUAAAUUAAAUCAGCCUAAAUCCAUUGAAGAUUUCAUUCUUGAGACCUUACCUGAGGAUGCUGCACAUCGAUUAGAGGUGAGGGUGGUGAGAUCAUCCCCACCAAGUUCUCAGUUCAAAGCCACAUUUCAGGAGUCUUACCAGGUCUAUAAACGUUACCAGAUGGUUAUUCACAAGGACCCACCUGAUAAACCAACUGUAAGCCAGUUCACGAGAUUCCUUUGCAGUUCACCACUAGAGGCAGAGAAUCCUCCUAAUGGACCUGAUUGCGGUUAUGGAUCUUUUCAUCAGCAGUAUUGGCUCGAUGGGAAAAUAAUUGCUGUGGGUGUCAUAGAUGUCCUUCCAUACUGUGUGUCAUCUGUAUAUCUGUACUAUGACCCUGAUUACUCAUUUUUGUCUUUGGGGGUCUACUCUGCACUACGAGAAAUUGCUUUUACUAGGCAACUUCAUGAGAAAACUUCUCAACUCAGUUAUUACUAUAUGGGAUUUUACAUUCACUCUUGCCCCAAAAUGAGAUAUAAGGGUCAAUAUAGGCCUUCUGACUUGUUGUGUCCAGAGACAUAUAUCUGGGUACCCAUUGAGCAGUGUCUGCCUGCCCUUGAGAGUUCUAAAUACUGUCGCUUCAACCAAGAUACAAAAGCAGUUGAUGAAGAACAAAUUAAAGAGCUUGACCGAUUACGGGUACUUUACAAGAGAACAAUUAUGCCUUACAACAUAUAUAAAAAACGACAGAAAGGACCAAGUGAUGAAGCCAUCGUUCAACAGUAUGCAGACUUGGUGGGACAGACCUGUUCAGAAAGGAUGUUACUGUUUAGAAGCUGAAAAAAAAUUAUUAAAGAAUUAAUAUUCCACUCUCACCCUAGGUACUAUAUGAUUGCACUCCAUUUUAUUAUGAUUAACACACUUCUCUGUUAAUAGAUCCACAGGAAAAUAUUGUAACCAUCUAAAAUUAAGCAUCUCAUUUUAACUAUUAUAUGACUCUCUUAAAAUAUUUAAAGUGAAAUGUUUGUGAAGUAUGUAACAUAGAGCUUUUUAAAAUAUGCCUAUAUAUUUAGUCUUAUACUUGAGGUUUGGGAAGGUUGGGGGUUUUGUUUUUUUAUUUAGGCUACAUUAGACUUGUCAUCUGUUGAUUCUUUAUAGUGAAUAACAUUAUUAAGAUGCAUUUAAGUGAUUUGAAUUACAGAUUUGCUUUGGUUUUUCUUUUGGCAAAAUUAAAGUAUACUUUUUGCCCCGACUCAAUUCAAAGACAGUAAUUUCAGUAAACAGUUUUCCAAGAGGCACAUUUGAAAACUAAGGCAUUACUUACGUUUUAACAGCUUUGUCUAUCUGGAGACUAUAUGUAUAAGUUACUAAAUCCUAUAAGUUAUAUAUUACAGAAUAACCUUAUGUAAUGAAGUUGGAUAGUGCUUUCAAAAACAGGAACAUUGAUCAUUUUUAUUUUAGAUAUCAGCUGAAGUUGCAGUAAUUUUGAAAGAUGGAUUUUAGGCAACUAUUUAGCAUUUCUCAUGAUCCAAAUUCUAUAGAUGUCAAAAGUUGGGCCAAAAAUUCCACAUUGGUUCUCUUCUUAGAAUAUGACACCUAACUUAGGUUACUGGUGAAAAUUAAGAAAAAAAAAGAAAAUUAAAUAUUAUUUUGCCACCUUCCUAGCUUUACUAAAGAAUAAUAUUUAAUGAGACACGAAUCUAAAAGUAGUCUUUCUUAUGUCCGAGUGCUUUCUAUCCAUUUCCUUGUCAUAAAAUUUGAGACUUUUUAGAAUGCAUGAUUAUUUUUUGUUGUAAUAGUCUAAACUGGUAUUUUUUUCAAACUUUUCUUGUCUCAAAGUACUUGUAUGAUUUGUAUUAUUUAGGAAGAUGGGUCACCCAUCCUUCCUUUUUUCACAAAGUCUCCUAUUUCAUCUCAGGAGGAAGACUUAAGACAAUCUUUUAAAUGUUUCUGGGUUUAAUAGUGAAAGAUGCAGAAUAUUCUUUUGAUCAGAGGCCCUCCUUUGUUUCCCAGCCAGCAAGCCAGCCCCAAUUUUUACUGAUUGGUCCUUGUCUACUGGCCCCCUUGCAGUCUUCUUUGUGCUCAUGCUUUUCUGAAUAAAAUUAGGAGUUUAAAACUCAGUCAAAAGCCUGAUAUGAGAAAUAUACUUGGUUUAGACUUUUGUCUAAGAUAUGUGAUAUUCAAAUGUCAUAACUUCAUUUGACCCACAUACUAUCAAGUAACAUGAGCAAUUUUUUUGCAUCCAAAUGAAGGCUGCCUCCUUCAGGGUCACCAUUUUGGGAGGUCAUACAUUUCUUGCAAUGAUGUUUCCAUUGCAAAAAGCAUUUAAGGAUUCUUCUUGGGGCAGGUUGCUUCACAAAUUGUGGUACAUUGUUUUGAUUACCCACAGUGGAUGGUAAGUAUUAAUAUGUUUUUUGGUCAUAAAUAAAGCAUGACUGUUAUUAAGUAAUGAUUUCUUGUGUGGCUCAGACAUAUACAGAUUUCAGCAGUAGUUCCUAAAGAUAAGUUCCAAAAAUAUUUUGAGCAGUAUCAGCAUUAUUGAAAUGAGCUUCCAAGGAUGUCUGCUUUGAAUGACAACUUUUGUAUAAUUGUAUAAGUCCUAUUUGUUUAAAGGGAAAAAAAUCUCCUGACUUUAUAAUGACACUUUAUCCUAUAGCAUUUGGAAAAAAUACCUGAAGCCUAAUACUUAAAAUUACUCAUCAGCACCAUACAGUAAAAGUCCCCUCUACUACAAAAUCCAAUAUAGGCAACAUUCUUUGUAAGAGGAUUCAUUACUGGUAGAACACAUAAUUUCUAACAUUGGCUCAUGUUAUAGACUCCUGAGUCUAGCACUGUAGCAUUACUUAAGUGAAUUUACAAAACAAAUUGGAUUUGGAGUUCACUUACCCAAAGUAUAUUCAUAGUCUUCUUUUUGAGAUUAGCCUGAACAGCAUUUUUUUUUCAGAAAUAAAAGUUUUGUGGAACCCCAAAAAAAGGUAUCUGAGAUUUGAGGUUGGCCAGCCGUUCUGUUAAGAAAUCGAUCCAUUAUUUUAUGUUAGUAGUCAUUCAUUUAAAGGCAUCAUGAAAAAGUCAUAGUAUUUAGUUUCAAAAUUUUGAAUGUUCAGCUGCACUACUGACCCUUUUAGAUUAGAAAUAAAUUUGUAUCUUCAUGUCAUGGGAACAGAGCUGUUAGGAUAUGUCUACCAUUUCAUUUUUAUUUUAUUUCAGCUUUCUCAGCUUUUCAUUUAUCUUAAAAAUGUUCAUUUGGGUUUUUAAUACGCCAAAACAUUGUGGUUAUGUUCUGAUGCCUAUAUUCUUCUUGGUUUCAGUUAUUUUAAGUGAAGAAUUAUUAUUAUAAAUGUAAGUAAGUCUUCAACACUGUUUAGUCUGUUUUUAAAAAUUAUUUUGAUAAUACCAAGUGCAUGUAUUAUGUUUAAUGUGGAAUAUAUGACUUAAAUGAGCUAUUCAGAAUGUCUGAAUAACAUUAAGGUUUGAUUUUUAGUCAGUGGAUUAUUUUAAUAUAAAUAAAGAAGGAAAUGACUGUCAUUGCCAGGUAACUAAAAGUAACUAAUGUCAACUUGAAAUGAAAAAGGGAAAAUGAAUAGUAAUAAUUGAAAAAUGCUAUUUUAAUUGGUAGUUACUUGAGUAUUCAUUUUCAGUGAAUGCAAGAUGAUAACUACAUGUUGUGAAUUUAUUGCUUUUGUAAAUGCUUUUUGGACACCCUACUUGAUGAAACUUAAAUGGAAAAAAUAAAGCUAUUUCUACCUACUA